ACUAUUUGCGGACGGAACCGGAAAAGCCGCCCAUCACAACUUCCACACGUGAGGAGACGGCAAUCUCAACCUGGUCGCCUCGGAACUCAGUAUCUCCGGUGUAAAUCGGACGUUUAUUUGCACUUAUCAUCAACACAUUUACGAGUGAAAAGCUGAAGCCGUGACGGCUGCGCGGACACGAUGGCGGAGAUCGUUCAGCAGCGGAUCGAGGACAGGAUCCCGGAGCUCGAGCAGCUGGAGAGAGUAGGACUGUUCACCAAGAAGGAAGUCAAAUCCAUAGUCAAGAGAGCGACGGCCCUGGAAUACAAGCUCCACAGGUUGAUCGUUAACAAAGAGGACUUCAUUGCCUACAUUCAGUAUGAAAUCAACGUUUUAGAGCUGGUCAAGAAGAGGAGAGCGCAUAUACACUACCAGUUCAAAAGAGAAGAGAUCGAGUUCCCCAUCAUCCAUAGAAUAAAUAGUAUCUUCAGAAGAGCAACAAAUAAGUGGAAGGAUGAUGUGCAGCUUUGGCUCUCCCAUGUUGCUUUCUGCAAGAAAUGGGCCACCAAAGGUCAGAUCAGCAAGGUGUUCUCAGCCAUGCUGGCCAUCCACCCUGACAAACCAGCCCUGUGGAUCAUGGCAGCCAAGAAUGAGUUGGAGGAUAGAAAUUCAUCUGAAAGUGCCAGACACCUGUUUCUGAGGGCUCUGCGCUUCCACCCAGAAAACAAGAAGGUCUACCAGGAGUACUUCCGUAUGGAGCUGCUGCAUUGUGAGAAACUGAGGAAGCAGAAGAAAGAGCUGGAGAUGGCUGAGAUGGACCUGGGUGAAUACGAGUUCUCUGCAGAGAUCCUGAGUGGUAAACUGGCAGAGGUCGUGUACAGAGAUGCUACAGGGAAAAUCAAAGAGGCAGAGUUUGUCAUCUCACUUCUAAACACCGCAGCGAUCUUUGACUUCACCAAAGAACUCCAGGACUCCAUCCUGCAAGACUUACAGACAAACUACACGGAGGAAAGCUUGACGUGGGAUUUCAUGGCCAAGAGGGAGCUGGAGGCUCCUGGGGCAGGGGAGGAGCUGCAGACUGCCAAAGGCCGGGCCUCCGAUAUCAACCGGAGAGAGGAGCGGUGCUGCCAGGUCUACGAGGAGGGUGUCACGAGCCUCAACAUCGAGCCGAUGUGGACCUGCUACGUGACCUUCUGCUUGGAAAGGCUGAAAAGAAAGACCAACGUCCAAGAGCUGAAGGAAAAUAGGCAGCAGAGGCUGCUGGGAGUGCUGCAGCGCGCCCACAACUUUUCACUGCUGAAGGAAAAUUAUUACAAGAACUGGCUGCAGGUCCUGCUCUCAUCGGGUGAUGCUGAGGGAGCGGCCAGCGUUGCCACGGCAGCCACAGAGCGCUAUCGCCAGUCGGUAUCAGUGUGGAGCCUGAGUCUGCAGACGCUGAUGCAGCUGGGGAGCGGAGACAUGGCCCGGCUAUUCCAGGACGCUCUCACACACGUCAAUCCCAAGGAGAGUCUGCCACUUUGGCAGCUGCAGGUCCAGUGGAGCACAGCUAACCAGAGUCCUGAGGAAACGGAGGCCGUCUUCAAGAGAGGUCUGCUGUCUGCAGUGGCGGCUGUUGCCAUGGAGAUGAAACAGCGCUACCUCGAUUGGUCCUACUCCAGUGGAGGCUACAAGAAAUCCAGGAAGACCUUUACAAGUUUACAGGAAAACCGUCCACUGUCCAAGGCCUUUUUCACCAGGAUGAUUGAGAUCGAAAAGGAACAAGAGACUCCAAAGAUGAACAAUCUGAGAGAUUACUAUGAGAGGGCCCUGCAGGAGUUUGGCACAACAGAUGACGAUCUGUGGCUGCAGUACAUCCAGGAGGAGCUGCGACCCAGUGGACAGCCAGAGAACUGUGGCAAGAUCCACUGGAGAGCCAUGAAGUUUCUGGAGGGGGAGAGUGUGGAGAGGUUCACCUCCAAAUACACUCUGCUUCAGACUGGUCACUUAUAAGUAGAUACUGUUAAGGUCCAAGGUAGAAGAGAUUGAUGCUUUUAAGUUCAGAUAACAACAACAACAACAACAACCAGUUCAGAAGUUUGUCAGCUGAAGAAGCAGCACGUUUCAAAACAGUUGUUCCUCUUUGUCCCUGCAGACGACUGGUGUCAUGUCUGCUCAUGAAUUGUUCAAUUGCCGUCUGACCCAGGAUUGACAUUUCUGAGGUUUGCAGUCAAUUCUUCUUGAGUGGUAUUACCAGCGUUCUAAAAAAAUGUUCAAAGAUGUGAUAGAAAAGCUUCAGCUGUGAGUAUUUUAUAGCUGUAAUCCACAAAUUGUACCAACUUUUCAUUUUUGUACACAACAACGUGUCAGACUGAUGUCAGACACGUGCAGUUUAAUUGCAAGAAUUCCUCGUUCAUUUGGCAUUUUGAGAAGACUUGUUAAAAUUAUAUUAAAAGUUUUCAUCCUUG